AUGGGAGAUAUAGACAAAGAUCAUAUAGAAUAUAAAUUUAUUGAAAGAAGUUAUUUUGAUGAACCAUGUGAUAAUAGUUUGAAUGUUAAUGGAUUGAAGAAACCAAUUUUAAAACAAAUGAAAUUUUGGUUGUUUUUAAUUGGUUUAAUUAUGAUUUUUAUAACAAGUUAUGCAUUUUAUGACUUUUAUAAGAAAAAUUAUAAAAAUAGCGAAAUUAUAAAAAACAAUCAACUCGAACAAAAAGAUGUACCUGUUACUUAUACAGAAUUUUCUAAAGAUUUAAUGAAAUUUUUAAAGGAUAAAUGGAAUAUAACCACACCAUUUAUUCUUUUUAAAGGUAAUAAGUGUAAAGAAUGUCAUAAUAAUAUUGUAAAAAGAUUUAGAGAUUUGCAAAUAAGUAACACAGAUGAAAAUCAUUAA